GAUUUCGAAAUUUGAAUUGCGUACUCGUUGGUUUUAUUGUGUUUUACAUUUAUCUGGAAAAAUGAGUCUUAGCCGAUUUUGUCGUGUUGUGAGGUGUGAUUUAGUGAAAGUUCAGUCAUCUAGUGCGUUGGUUUCGAAACUUUUGGGACCUUGUGCUGCGAGGGAAGUGAGCACAUGCAGCGCGCAACGAGCAAGCGUUGCACAACAUAGUUCAAAGCCAGAUUGGAACAGAGCAGUUAGUGAGGCGGAGAAGAUUGUCGGAUAUCCAACCUCCUUCCUGAGUCUCCGAUGGGUUUUGAGCGACGAAAUUGCGAAUGUAGCGCUGCACCUACGAAAACUGGUUGGGAGCAACCACCCUUUGUUAAAAACGGCUAAGAAUCUGAUCUACAAUGGAAAGAACAACAUGCAAGCGUGGGGCCUCAUCGUGCUGCUGGUGUCGAAGGCUGCUGGCCACAGCCCUGAGAUACCAGACAUGGAACAGGACAAAGCCGCUGGUGUUUUGCACAGUCAACGAGCUCUAGCAGAAGUGACGGAAAUGAUCCGGACUUCUCACCUGGUGCACAAGGGACUGGUCAACAUGAAUUCCCGUCAGCCAAUAGCAGCAGAACCCGAUGACAUGAUGUUUGGCAACAAGAUCGCUUUGCUGAGUGGAGACUAUCUGCUCGCCAACUCCUGUUCUGAACUGGCUAAUUUGAGGAAUCAAGAGCUGGUAGAAUUGAUGUCAUCAGCAGUGCGAGAUCUGGCUGAAGCGGAGUUCCUCGGUGAAAGGGACGAGCAAAACAAUCCGUUGCCAUCCAGACCACUUCCAAAAGACCAGAUAGAAGAAGCUUCAGAAUGGGACAUUAUUACCGAUCCUCUACCUAUGGGUGGUGUCAUCGGUUGCGCUGGUCGCGAGUGGUCCGCCCGCCACGUGUUGGCUGCUGGAGCAUUGCUGGGCAAAAGCUGUUCAGCAGCACUUAAACUGGCUGGACACAAACCUCAGUUACAGACCCAGGGCUACCUCUUCGGCUGCCACCUUGCGUUAGCCUGGCAGGCGUUCCUCGACCUGGAAGCAUUUACAGGUCCUGAACCGGCGAGCUUCUCCCUGGUGGGGGCGCCCCUAGCCUUCACGUUAGAAGCUCGACCCGAACUCUACGAGUACAUUGAGGCUGGCAAGAAGAGCGUGCAAGAUGUUGAUUACCAUGCUCUGUAUAAAGCGGUACUAGCUGGCGACGGACUGGAACAGACCAAACGUCUCCAGCGGGAACACAUAGCGCGCGCCGUGCAUGUACUGGACAGUUUCCCCGACUGCGACGCCAGGACUGCACUCGCCAACAUCAUUGUCGCCAUGCACCAUGACCAUUUAUAAAUAGCUGACGUGAUCUUGUAAUGUUCGUGUCACAUUGUAACAUUCAUGUCAUAUUGUAACUUUCAUG